CCGGUCUGAAGGUCAGGCCUGCCGGGAAGGCGCCUGCCAAGGUCGGCGGUGCUUUAGGCAGGACCGACCGUGCCAGACCUCAGGCAGAACUGCAGGACCGCAGACCGCAAGUCCUCGGCAUCACCCAGUGCUCAGAGCAGAUCCUGAAAGCAGCCAGGCCAGGAGCAUCCGUCCUCAGACGCCAGGCAGACCCGGGGCAGGAUGCGGAGCCCGGUGCACCGAGUGUCACUGGGAGAUGCCUGGAGCAGCCGAGUACACCCUGACAUAGACAGCGAGAGGCGCACACAGUCCUUCGACGUAGAACGGCUCACCAACCUCCUUGACGGAGGCGUCGAGAACACAAUGCUGCGGAGGAAAGUGGAGAGCAUCAUCCGUAACGACCCGGCGUUUAGCCUGAGGGGCCAUUAUUCCAUGACCCAGAAUGAGCUCUACGAGGCUGCUGUCAGGAGGAGAUUCCACCUGGAGAUGGUGGCCCGGCGCCUGGGCUGGCCCAAAGAUGGCCGUGAACGGGACUACGCCUACAGAGCUGUUUCGGGGAAUCUGAAUUUAACCUUACAGGAUGUCUUCCUGAAUGCGCUCAGAAGCCUGGGCUCAGAUGAGCAGAUUGCUAAAUGGGACCAACUCUGCCAAGACUACCAGAUCAUCACCUCCUACGCCCAGACAGAGCUGGGACAUGGAACGUACCUGAAGGGCCUGGAGACCGAAGCCAUUUAUGACCCAGCUACCCAGGAGUUUGUGAUACACAGUCCCACCAUAACUGCCACCAAGUGGUGGCCUGGAGACAUUGGACGGUCGGCCACCCAUGUCCUGGUCCUAGCCCAGCUGAUCUGCUCAGGAGCCCAGCGGGGCAUGCAUGCCUUCAUUGUGCCCAUCCGGAGCCUAGAGGACCACACUCCACUGCCAGGAAUCACAGUUGGGGACAUAGGCCCCAAAAUGGAGAUGGAAAACAUAGACAACGGCUUCCUGCGACUGGACCGCGUCCGGAUCCCCAGAGAGAACAUGCUGAAUCGCUUUGCACAGGUCUCACCAGACGGCACCUACAAGAGGCUCGGGACAGAACAGAGCAACUACUUCGGCAUGGUGGUGACCCGAGUGAAGAUACUCGCUCACGGGGCGCUGCACGACCUGCAGAAGGCCUGUGUCAUCUCGGUGCGCUACUCAGCCGUCCGCCGCCAGUCCCGGCUCCGGCCCAGUGACCCAGAGGUGAAAAUCCUGGACUUCCAGGCCCAGCAGCAGAAGCUCUUCCCUCAGCUGGCCUUGAGCUACGCCUUCCAUUUCCUGGCCACCAGCCUCCUGGAACUGCUGGACCGCUCCUACGGCAGCAUCCUGAGCGGAGACUUCCGCUGCUUGCCUGAGCUUCACGCACUGAGCACGGGUGUGAAAGCCAUGAUCACAGACCUCUGUGCCCAGGGGGCCGAGGUGUGUCGCAGGGCCUGCGGUGGCCAUGGCUACUCGAAGCUGAGCGGUCUGCCGACGCUGGUCAACCGGGCCACGGCUGCCUGCACUUACGAGGGCGAGAACACGGUUCUGUACCUGCAGAUGGCCAGGUUUCUGGUCAAGAACUACCUGAAGGCUCGGCUGUCCCCAGGCGCCACAUCGCAGCAGCCACUUCCGCUGUCUGUUGCCUAUCUCACCGCACCUGACCUGGCCAGGUGCCCAGCCCAGACAGCAACCGACUUCCUGUGCCCAGAGCUCUACACCGCGGCUUGGGCACAUGUGGCAACGAGGCUCAUAAAGAAUGCAGCGCACGAUGCACAGACCCUCACACAAUCCGGGGCUGACCAGCAGGAAGCCUUGAACCAGACUGCUCUCCUACAACUCCAGGCUGCUAAGGCACAUUGCUACUACAUCACUGUGAAGACUUUUAAGGAAGCUGUGGAGAGACUAGACAAUGAGCCAGCCAACCAGGAGGUGCUCUGGCGUCUCUGUCACCUGUCUGCCCUACAUGGUAUUCUGACUAACUCAGGUGACUUCCUGCAUGAUGGCUUCCUGUCUGGGGCCCAAGUGGACAUGGCGAGAACAGCCUACCUAGACCUGCUCCCCCAGAUCCGGAAGGAUGCUGUCUUGUUAACUGAUGCGUUCGACUUCACGGACCAGUGUUUAAAUUCAGCACUUGGCUGCUAUGACGGGAACGUCUAUGAACGCCUCUUCCAGUGGGCUCAGGAGUCACCCACCAAUACUCAGAAGAACCCUGCCUAUGAGAAAUAUAUCCGACCACUGGUACAAAGACGAACAGCCAGGCUGUGAAGCGACCCACAGUACCCAAGGAGCAGCAAGCGCCACGAUGGGACUGUGGACAGAGAAAACACGUAGACAUGCGCGCGUCUUCGUCAUGCGAACACAUCUGUGAAAACAGUUUCUGUGAUUUACUUAAAAAUAAUUCAGGGCUGAAGAAAGGGUUUAGUGGUGAAGGCGUUUGCCUGCGAAGCCAAAGGACCCAGGUUUGAUUCCCCAGGACCCACAUAAGCCAGACACACAAGGGGCAUAUGC